AUGUCGCAAUCCCCACCCUGCUCGCGCAUUGCCUUCCUGAACACCACCAAUGUAUAUGCUCCAGAUGGCUCGGAUAACUCAUCAGCAGAGCGUAAACGGUCACCCUCGACUUCCGACGCAGGACGCGACGCCAAACGCGUCAAGCUCAGUUAUGAAGAUACGCCCGAAGAAACACAAUCUAAACGGACUGAAAUCGGAAAUGCGUUGACAAGAAUCGAACCCCCCAAGCAUGCCAUUCUCACUACAAGGAGUUCACUGAUGAUGGCGCCUUUGUCUACGCUGCGACGAUAUCCUGCACUAUCUACACGUCCAAUUCUUCGAUCUUUUGUCUCCUCCAAUAAAACCGAUGUGUUCCGAUGCUAUGCUACGGAGGGACAACAUAUGAGCAAUCCAUACGCAUGUGGAUACUCGCACGAUGCCAAGCGAGGAGGGACACACCUACUGGCCAUUGCCACAGAGUCUGGGGCAGUGCAUGUUCUCAACGCUACCAAGCGGGACGAAUGGGACUGUGGUAUGUCGUUCCCUCUUUAUGAGCUUACGACACCUUAUCUGCAUAAUGAUAAAGAACCACAGCGCGUAGUAUGGUCGCCGCACAAUAACGGUCUGUUCGAUAUCCAGUGGUCACCAUCCGACACGUUACUGGCCACAGCGUCGGGUGAUCAAACCACACGUAUUUCGUCCCUAGCAUCCUCCGUCUCGUCUGAAGAUAAGGUUUUAUGUGUGCUCCGCGGGCAAGAGAGCACCGUCAGAUGUGUCGCGUGGGACCCUUCAAGAGACGAUAUUCUGUGUACAGGCGGAAGGAAUGGUAGUAUUUGCGUCUGGGAUUUACGCGUUGGUGAAGGAAGAAGUCAUGUAAUAUCUGAUUUCGACACCGGCUCAGCUGUAAGUGGCAUACUUGCGCCUGUGCUCGUGGUCCCAGGUGCACAUGAGGAUAGCGGGAGGCAAUUGAAACCUAGAGGGAGGAAAGGCAAAAUUACACCGUCAUCUACUCUUCAUAGCAUCACCAACUUGCUCUACGACGAAGCCAACCCUACCUGUAUCAUCAGCAGUGGUUCUACUGACGGUAUACUUCGCAAAUGGGACUUGCGACUUCCUAUCGAGACCACUGGAAAAUCCAAGAAGCCAGCCAAGACACGGACCUCAUCGGUUUGCAUAUCGUCCUGCGAUCCGACAACUUUCCAAGGCGUUCGCCGCGCGCGGGGGAUUGUAAGCCUUGAGUCUGGCCGUGGGCCCACAGCCGGACUACUAUACGCACUCGGCACCGACGCACGGAUACACACCUAUUCCGCCACAUCGCUCGAACCGCUCUCUGGCUAUAGAUCAGAUAGUUUAGCCGAUGAUCCAUUCGUCUUUUCACAUCCAGAACUGCAGACAAACUCCUUCUAUGUCCACCUCGCAUUGUCACCGUGCGGUCGAUGGCUUGCAUGCGGUAGUGCUACUGGAGGGCGAGCAUUCCUCUUUGAUGUUAGUAACACUGCAUCCGCAGGGUACGUACGACAUGAUCGGCAUAAUCUGCAGGAGGAUGCGGUGGUGUUACGUGGCCAGAUGGGGGAGGUGGGCGCGUUGGAUUGGGCGGAAGGGUCGUUAGCCACAUGUGCGGAUGAUACCACGGUCAGGAUCUGGAGGCCCGAUAUAGAGAGAGCCGGAAUUUGUGUCGAAGGGAGCGAAGAAAUGAAAUGGACAUGGAGCUGGGCUGAGCAGUAA